CAAGCGUGCUGGAGAGCGGAGCAUGUUGAGGCUCCUAUCCAGAGUCGUUUCACCCAUACAAAAUCAAAGAAACCUAAAAGCUAACGCUGUGCACCGGAGCCUCUGCUCUGCAGCCUCGCUGCCAGGCUCAGCUGCCGGCUUUGCUCUGAGGACCACAAUGGAGUCUAAACUGUACCGACCCCCUCAAGAGGUCCGGGGUAUGACCUCUCUGGACAGAGAGGCCUUCACAAAGACGAUUACUGUCCCCGCUCUACGGGUGCCUACCGGAGUCCUAAACAAAGUGGCAAAGAGCCUGAGAAAAUCAGCCAUCCAGCGUCCAGGGUUGCCCAGAGUAGUACAAGAUAAAGAGGAGAGUAGUGACUAUCGUUUAGUGCUGUUGGACCCGCACAAAGUGUCCUCGCCGGGCUCCUUCAGUGAGGCUGAAGCCGAGGCUCUGAGGUCAUUUGGUGUCGCCGAUGAGCUGCAGUACUACGAGCUACAGCUCAACUAUCACAACCUGAAGAGUGAGGAAGUGUUGGAGGCUGUGCUCCCUCAGGGUCAGGAUGUGACCUCUGGGUUCAGCCGUGUGGGACACAUCGCACACAUGAACCUGAGGGAACACCAGCUCCCAUACAAGAACCUCAUAGGUCAAGUGAUCAUGGACAAAAACCCUGGUGUUACCUGCGUGGUCAAUAAGACAAACAUGAUUGACUCCACUUACCGCAACUUCAAGAUGGAGGUGCUAGCUGGAGAGGAGAACAUGGUCGCUAAAGUGAAAGAAAACGGAGUGAUGUACGAGUUCGAUUUUUCCCGUGUAUACUGGAACCCCCGGCUGAGCACAGAGCACCAGCGUGUGGUGCAGCUCGUCAAACGUGGUGACACUGUGUUUGAUGUGUUUGCUGGCGUUGGACCCUUUGCCGUCCCAGCUGCGCGCUCGGGUGCCAAUGUGUUGGCCAACGAUCUCAACCCAGAGUCCUACCGGUGGCUACAGCACAACUGCAAACUCAACAAGGUGGAGAAGAAAGUCAGAACCUUCAAUCUGGACGGCAGAGCGUUCAUCCAGGGACCUGUGAAGCAGGAGCUGCCUGCGCUGCUGAAGGGAAAAGUUGGUGUUCAUGUAGUGAUGAACCUGCCUGCCUUGGCUCUGGAGUUCCUGGAUGCAUUCAGAGGCCUGUUGCACCAGCAGCCUUCCUGUGAUGAGAACCUACCCACAGUGCACUGCUAUGGCUUCUCUAAAGAAGACAACCCUGCAACGGAUGUGGUGAAGAGGGCUUCCCACAGCCUUGGAUUCCCUCUGGAGGACCGAUGUUCUGUGCAUUUUGUGCGUAAUGUAGCACCAAACAAAGACAUGAUGUGUGUGAGAUUCACACUCCCUAAAGAGGUCCUCUUCAGCAGUGAUCGUGAACAGACAGAGCCUUCAGGAGAACCAGCCCCAAAGAGGCAGAAGUGUGAAGAAGCUACAGAUUCAACGUAAUCACCACAUUGACCUGUCACUGUAAGGAAUGCAAGGGAACAUUUCGGUUGAGGAAAUUUUAAUUUUUUAAAAUUUUUUUUUUAACUGCCGUUUUUAUGACAGAUGUUCUUGUCAUAAGAAAUCAUGGCCCAGCUGUUCUUCAGUAAAUGACUUUCCUUUCACCAGAAUGUAUAAGAGUUAUUAUUAUGC